AUGCCACCAAAAAGAAGAGGACUGUCAGCUUCGACACCUGUGAAGAAACAGAAGGCUGGUCCACCAUCUCCUGAAGAAUUCAGACAAUUCUAUUUAUCCACUGUUAGUUUGGUUCUCAACAUUAGAGAUGAAUCUUCAGAUGAUCAAUUAGCAUUCCCAUUCAUCAAAUUGCCAUCAAGAAAGUUGUACCCUGAUUACUAUGAAUUGAUUGAACAACCGUUGUGUAUAACUGAUAUCCAAAAGAAAGCUUCAAAGGGGAAGUAUUCUGACACUUCAGCUGAUGAAUUCUUAGCUGAUUUCCAAUUAUUAUUAGAUAAUGCAACCAAAUACAACGAUCCAGAAUCAUGGAUUGUGACAAGUGCAGAGAAGAUCUUUGAAUUUGUUAGUGAUCAAGUUAAAGAAUUUGAUGUUGCUAGACCAAUAGCAUCAUCUAGUAGUGGCAAAUCCCUUAAAUUGAAACUUAAGGAACCAGAAGCUCCAAAACCAUCAGGAGUUAGUUUCAGUAGUUUACCUGAACUUUGUUUAGAAGUGCUUAAUUCAGUUAUCAACCAUGAAUUCCCCGAUGAAGGUAUCUUAAGUACUCCAUUCAUGGAUGAUGUUGAUGUUGAUGAAUAUCCAGAUUAUCUCAAUUACGUUACUACUCCAACUUCAUUUAAUUCAGUCAUUGAACAAAUAAAUGGUAAGAAAUUAUUUUCCUCUAAAUUAUCAAUUUUAGAAAAUUUGGAAAAGUUUUAUGAAGCAACCGAUUUGAUUUUUAGCAAUGCUGAUGCAUAUAAUGAUCCAUCAUCAGAAAUUUAUCAAGAUGCUCAAAAAUUAAAGGAAAAUUUCAUUGAGAAGUAUGAAAUACUAAAACUGUAUGUUUCAGAACCUGAAUCGAAAGGAGCCACCAAGUUGAAAUUGAAAUUAAAUGCUAAACCAAAACUUAAGAUUAAACUUCCACAAGCUGCUGUAGAAGAAGAAGAACCAAAGAAAAAGGGUAGAAAGAAGAAGGUGGUAAAGCCUGCAGUCAAACAAGAGGAAGAAGAAGACGCAGAAGAGGAAGAAGAACAAGAAGAAGAACCAGAAGCUGAGAAGGAUGUCAAGGAAGAGGCAGAACCUGCGGAUAAGAAAGAUGUUAAAUCAAAAUCAGCAGUGACAGAAAAAACUGUUGCUAAUACUUUAGGUAAAUCACUUCCUACUUUAUCUGCCAGUGAAUGUAUAAUUCAAGAAAGUAGUAUACUAUCAUCACCUUCGGUGGCAGGUAACUUACCUCAACAUGUUCAACAAAAAUAUAAUCAAUUGAAUAUACCAUUACUGAGACAACAAGAUCUCAAGAAGGCGUUAUUCCCUACUCAUCCUGUCUUCAAUACCGCAUCUGUUAUUGAAUAUAAAGUACCCAGUAAUGGAUACAGCUCACAAUCAUAUUCAUUUGCACUUGCUCCUGAAAUACUGCCUUAUAUUUCUUUCAAAGUGGCAUUACAUAAAAUUCUAUACGAUAUAAAAAGUGAUGAUUUGGUUAACGGCCACGGGUACUUAAAUCUGACUUCAGAUGAAGAUUUCCAAUGUAAAUUGUACGUGAAUGAUGAAGAAGUAUCCAAUGGAGGUGAUUGUUUCGAAGAGAAGAGAGACAAACAAGAAUUACUUGGACUUAAAUACGAUUUGAAAUUAAAUUACGGUUUGAAUGUGAUAAAUUUCGAAUGUAAAGUAUCUCCAAGCUUAAGUAAAAAGAUAAAGAAAGCCACUGUCCUUGAUGUUGCUGAAGAAGCAAGUGGUAGACAUACUAGACAUCAACUUCAACAACUUAAGAUGACUUGGGAUGUUGAAACGAUUAGCUUCUUUGUCAUAUGUAACGCUGUAUAA